CUUAUUCAUCUAGUCAGUUUGAAGUGAGAACGCGAGCAAAACACUUUGUAUACUUACUUAAUACCUAAAUAAGUACUUAGACUUAUAAUUAAAAAAUAUGGGUGAAGUUCCAAAGAUAAAGUUGUACAAUGGACACACUAUCCCAGCAUUUGGCCUCGGUACAUGGAAAUCGCAAACCGGGGAAGUGGAGCAAGCAGUGAAAGACGCCAUCGACAUCGGGUACCGGCACAUCGACUGCGCACACAUCUACAAGAACGAGAAGGAAGUAGGGGAAGGGUUGAAGAAGAAGUUUGAGGAGGGAGUGGUUAAACGGGAAGACCUCUUCAUCACGUCCAAGCUCUGGUGCACGUUCCACCGCCCCGACCUGGUGGAGGGCGCGCUGCGGACCACGCUCGCGGACCUCGGGGUCCCGUACCUCGACCUGUAUCUGAUCCACUGGCCGCAGGCUUAUAAGGAAGAGUCCGACCUGUUCCCGACAGACUCUAACGGCAAGGUUCAGUACUCCUCGUCAGACUACGUGGACACCUGGCGCGCCCUGGAGAGGCUGGUGGAGGGCGGGCUGGUCCGCAGCAUCGGGGUCUCUAACUUCAACAAGCGCCAGCUGGAUAGGGUGAUGGCGGCCGCUAAGAUCAAGCCUGCUGUGAUGCAGAUUGAAAUCCACCCGUACCUGAACCAAAACAAGAUGGUCGAGUACUGUCGGUCGCUGGACAUCGUGGUGACGGCCUACAGUCCGCUGGGCUCCCCCGACAGACCCUGGGCCAAGCCAGGGGACCCCCAGCUGUUGGAUGACCCGAGGUUGAAGGCCAUCGCCGAGAAAUAUAAGAAGUCUGUCGCUCAAGUGCUUAUUAGAUACGCCAUCGACCGCGGCCUAGUCGUAAUCCCCAAGUCGGUGAACAAGGCUCGUCUGACGCAGAACUUCCAAGUGUUCGACUUCCAGUUGUCAGCGGCUGACAUCCAGCAGAUCGGCGCCCUGGAGUGCAACGGACGGCUGUGCAGCAUGGGAGACGUGGACCACCCCGACUACCCAUUCCACGACGAGUUUUAGAUUAAGUAUAGUUAAGUAACUAUUCAAUUGUUAUAAAUAAUAAAGGUAUUUGAGGUCAACUGGG